CUGUCAUCCAAAACAUCUGCCAUUUGACAGAAUUUUUCGUUGGCAUCUUUCCUUUCCCGGCGCGCGCUAAAUUUUAUUUUUAAAAACACACCUGUGACCAUUCUAUCGCAAUUCAACCAUCAAUCCAAUACUCAAUCACUAACCAUGACAAAUUUAAAUGAAAACACGACAACAGCCGCCAAUCAACAGAAGGCCAUUGAAAAAGCUGCUCGAGCUAAAAAUCCUCUCGAAAGUCUGCCCGAAUCAUUUAAAUAUUCCAAUCCAAAUGGUGACUAUACACUUUACUGUAAAACAAAAGCUGACAUGGAUUCGAAAAUUCUCAAAUGGGCUUUCAAGUUGGCUGAGAAAAAUGUUGGUCCAUUCUACAAAGAAUCGAAAAUGGGUUGGCAACCAAAAAUCAAACAAAACGAUUUGAAUAAAAAUUGGGCCAGAUAUUUGGUGGCUCUAGACAAAUCAAAGAAUCCCGUUGCAUAUGCUAUGUUUCGUUUUGAUUUGGAUUAUGGCAAUGCUGUUUUGUAUUGUUAUGAAAUGCAAAUUGAGAAAUCUUCCCAAAGACAAGGUCUUGGCAAAUUCAUGAUGACUGCUUUGGAAAACUGUGCAAAACAUUGGGACAUGGAAAAAGUUGUCCUCACAGUUCUAAAGAACAAUCCAAUUGCAGCGGAAUUCUUCCGUAAAAUUGGUUUUGCACUCGACGAAACGUCUCCAGAUGUUUUGGAGAAAGCUGAAUAUGAAAUUUUAAGUAAACAAAUAAGGUAGUUUU